AUGAUCAGCAUGGCUGUGCAUCGAAAUCUACUUCGUUUACGUGGUUUUUGUAUGACACCAACAGAACGGGUGCUUUUUCAUCCGUUCAUGGUUAAUGGAAGUGUUGCAUCAUGUUUAAGAGAGCGAGGUGAAUCACAGCCACCCCUUGAUUGGCCAAUAAGGAAGCGAAUUGCACUGGGAGCUGCAAGGGGCCUUUCUUAUUUGCAUGAUCAUUGUGACCCUAAGAUAAUUCACCGUGAUGUCAAAGCUGCAAACAUAUUGUUAGAUGAGGAGUUUGAAGCAGUUGUUGGAGACUUUGGGUUGGCCAAACUCAUGGACUACAAGGAUACUCAUGUCACCACUUCUGUACGUCGCACAAUUGGGCAUAUAGCUCCUGAGUACCUCUCCACCGGAAGGGCUUCAGAGAAGACUGAUGUUUUUGGAUAUGGGGUUAUGCUUCUUGAACUCAUCAAUGGGCGGAGUGCUUUCGACCUUGCUCGACUUGCCAAUGAUGAUGAUUUCAUGUUGUUUGAUUGGGUAAAGGGACUUCUGAAGGAAAAGAAGUUGGAAACAUUGGUUGACGCCAAUCUUCAUGGUUAUUAUGUUGAUGAAGAGGUGGAGCAGCUAAUGCAGGUAGCUUUGCUCUGCACACAGACUUCCCCAAUGGAACGCCCCAAGAUGUCGGACGUGGUUAGGAUGCUUGAAGGUGAUGGAUUGGCAGAGAGGUGGAAAGCGUGGCAGAAGAAGGAGAUGUUCCGGCAAGAGGUUAACCACACACCCACCACCCAAAUACUAAUUGCAUCAUUGCCAAUUCAACUUCCAAUCUCCGACCCGUUGAAUUGUCCGGUCCAAGAUGAUCCUUCAAUGGCUCUCUUGUUGGCACAUAAUAUAUAG